CCUUCUGGCAGUUCGUGUGCUGCUCAUUCUCAACUGGCUACGCAAAAGAAGAGCUCAAUAAACACGUAGGUGAACCUCGACCCUCACUAGAUGAAAUGGCGAAAGCUGUAGUGGCGAAAGUCUGGCAUCAGCUGCCACUCAACACCGUUGCUGAUAUCAUAAAUGCAGAUGUAAACGAUGAGGAGUUCUGUAUCUGCAAGAGAAAAACACAGGAAGAUAUGAUUGAAUGCACAAAUGUGGAAUGCGAGAGGGGCCGCUGGUUCCACAAGACAUGCGUGAACACGACAGAGGUAGAAGGAGACUGGUUCUGUAGUUUGGAGUGCUCCAGCUCAGGCCAGUCUGCCUUCUGCCUUUGUAGAAAGAAAACCAGCGAGAUCCUCACUUUGACAUGCUCAAAUGCAGAUUGCCCCAAUGGAAACAAAUUCCACCCAUCUUGUGUUAGAUGGACGGGAAAUCCCUCUGAUAUUACAGAUGAAUCAACUUGGUUCUGCCCCCAUUGCAAGACGUCCACAGACUCCCUGGCAAGUUACCUGGCUAGCGUCACAUGGAGAUGUCUACUAAAUGAGGCCCUCCGUGAUGCAGAACGUGAGGGGGAUGGGGAGGCCAUGAUGUCUCACUGGCGUAUCUAUAUGCCAGAACUGUUCAAGAGGAGGCAUCCUCACUACAUAAAAGCAGCACACAGGAUGCUUGCAGGUGUUGCUGGUUGCCUUGCUGAAAGGAUCAGAAAUGAAAUCGUGCACAACAGGACAAUAAACAUCAAUGGAGGGGCAGGGAGAAAUGUUGCCCUUGAUUUUUUCAUUGAACAACUGAAUCACCAUUUCAAAGAGUUCCUGCGACAUUGUGGCGGAAGGUAUACGCCUCAAACCAUCCAGAGAGCAGGUAAGCUGUGUGGCGCCCUCGGGAAAGAAUUAGACGACAAGUUUAUUCAAGAGGUAUGUGACUCGGCAGGAUUUGGUGGACAGACGAAGCCGAACAACCGCUUCGAGAGGUACAAGAAAGAUGUCUCCGAGUUUCUUAUAGAGUUUAAGAAAGAUAAUUUGUUUUGUACCGAAGAAGGUCGCUGUGUUCCAUCCUUACUCAAUUAUGCUUACAGUUGUAACUCUAUGUCAUACCAGGAAGCUACGGACAUGAAGAGUAAAAUAUUAAAGUUCAACGAAGAGUUCGACAACGAACUUUCCCUUGGUUCAUUACCUUAAUUUUUGCUCAGUUACAAAAUCAUUGUGUCAGAGAAUCCUAUUUAAUUUCUUAGAUUAAAUUUAUGUGAACAUCAAUCAGGAUGCUUAGUUACAGUAAAUGAACUUUAUCUUCAAGUUGAGGUAACUCAGUGUCAAGGGUUGACUUUCAAUAUUAGUUUGUACGUAUCAAGUAAUAUGACUAUAUUUUAUUGUAUGCUAUACAAAGGCAUUAUUAUUAUUAGGUACAUUUAUGUAUGUUCAUCAUAUAAUCUUGAUUAUGUUCAUAUAAUCUCAUUGCACAAACAAUGAUAUAUUUUUCACUUAUUUACAAUGAAUAUAAGGCAGUUGAAAAUAAAAGCAACUCACGCUCAAGGAAUUACAACCAAAGCUUGACUUCCGAUGAUUCGCAUCCCUUCUCAUUGAGUGAUGCAAAAUGGAUACAGUUUAUUCGGGAUGUUAUCUUUUUAUGAAAGAUCAUAUUGUUAAUUUCUUUGAUGCUUAUCAUCAUAUUAAUGUGUUGUUCCUUGCAAUUGGGUUAAGUAAUCUUUACAUUUCGCUUUUCGAGAUAAACAUCUUAUGCUCCUUACGAGUGCGAAAUGGCACAAUGGACACGUGAGCAUGCAGAGAUAACUUAGAUAAUUAUCAUGAUCGAGACAUUAAGUUAGAAAGCUGUUUAAAACAACUAACGGUUAUCCUAUGGAUUGAAACAAGAUUCUGUAAAAGCUUAGAGCCUUAGAUACAUUGCAUCAUUUUAAACAAUGAAGCACGAGACAUUAUGGUUUAAGACUAUAACAUUAGUUAACACCAAAGAAGCACAUGCAUCAUAAUGGCCUGACCAAGGUAUAUUCCAUCAGCCAAAAGUUAAUACAAGGCGAUUUUGACCCAAAAAAAAUUACACACACUGGUGCUCAGUCACCCUUGGCAGAAAAAAAAUUAUCAAUAGCGCAUCAUUGGGCACAAAACAGAUUACUCUUUUUCAUGAAAUAGAUUUAAAAGUUGGUUAUGACUCUUUAAUGGGUACCCGGUAGGAAUUUAUUCCUUGAAAUGCUAGAGCGCUAUAAUGGCAGCACAGCUAAAGCCGGGGUAAUAAUAAUAUCCAAUAUGUCAUGCGCAGUUGAGUAUAUACAUAUAGAAACUGCGCAUUGUAAAUUUACAAUUAUUAUUAUUUUAUUAUUAUUAAUUAAGAGCUACCAAAGUUGUGUACACUAUUUGUGUACGCACUGUAUAAAUUUAUAUCAGUCGUGGUAACUACAGUAUAUAGACUUAUCAAUGAUUUUGGAUCAAUGUUUGAGUUUAGAUUGAACAAUAUGUGAAGAUUCACCAAGAUGGUCGAAUUGAAAUAGAAUUUGAUAUUAAUCGUGGUUUAUGUAUAUACUAUGAUGAGUUUGAAUUGCAUAACGUGUAGACUAUGUAUAUAUACUUAUUAAUCCUGAUCAGAACUCACAUAAUAGGAAAAGUGGUUCAGAUGAAUCGUGGUGUAUAUAGAUUCAACAGCAGGGAUCAGAAAAUGUUAUGAUUUCUAAAUGAAGAUUAGAUUAAUCUGUGAUUUAUAGAGAGCUUAACCAAGAUGCACGAUUGAGUUCAAAGGAGACACACACAGGCAGGUCAUAGCCUAUACGUCCCGGUAUAUAUAUAUUUUAUAGAUGAUUGUUUGUAAUGUACUAGUUAUCAGACUACAAGACAAGAUGAUUAUCUUGAUAUAGUACCUCUGUAGUUUUCUGCAGAGAGCGAAGGGGUUUAUUAAACAUGUAUUUUUUUUUUAAAUUCAAUACUUUCAUUACCAUAUAUACCAAAGGUGUUUAAUAUGAUUUGAAGAUAAGACACCGACACAAGCGGGAAACAGGUAUCCAGUAUAAUUGAAAUGACCUGUUGUUUCUGAAGAGGUGUCGAAAGAUCAAUGGCUUCUAUACAGGCGCGCCG